UCAUCCGGAAAUUACAAUCUCAAAUUCAAAAUCAAACCCUAAAUAUUCAUUCACAAAAUUUCCAUCGAAAAUGUCAGGUCGUGGUAAGGGAGGUAAGGGACUUGGAAAGGGAGGUGCAAAGAGGCACAGGAAGGUUCUCCGAGAUAACAUCCAAGGUAUCACAAAGCCAGCUAUUCGUAGAUUGGCUAGAAGAGGAGGUGUGAAGAGAAUCAGCGGUCUGAUCUAUGAAGAAACAAGAGGUGUCUUGAAGAUCUUCUUGGAGAAUGUUAUCCGUGAUGCUGUUACAUAUACAGAACACGCUAGGAGAAAGACGGUUACCGCUAUGGAUGUUGUUUAUGCACUCAAGAGACAGGGAAGAACCUUGUAUGGUUUUGGAGGUUAAAGAAGAAGAACAAGAAGCUCUCUUAUGCUUUUUCUUAUUGAGUGUGUAAUUUGAAAAUGUGAAUUUCUUUAGAAGUUUUUUAUGAUGGUUAGGUUUAAUUUGUAAUGUGUAAGUCUGAAUUAGACUGGUGUAUAUCCAGUUUUACCCUAAUUUUAAAGUUGAAAUUAAAAUGAAGGAUUGAAGUUUGCUGCUAAA